UCUUACCAUAACAAAAACAAAAAACACAAACUCCAAGUCUUCUCUCGAAGACUCAAAGAAACUUAAACGUCUCUUCCGUACAUAGCCAUGUCUCUACUAUGGAAGAAGCCUAAAUCUGGUCGACUCUCGAGAUUCAUGUCAGAGUUUCACCAAUCUCCGAAACGCGGUGGGAUCAUGGUCGUUGAAACUGGCUUCCCAACUUCUCUGAUCGAUCUCUUCUACAAGAAUCGCGAUCGUCUAAAAAAGUAUUCCUCUAAAACUAAACGCAUCCAACGCUUGAUCGAGACCGCUCCAAACGCUUCUUUGCCAGUUAAUCCAGACGUGAGUCUAGAAAAGCCGGUAACGAGGAGUAAGAUCGAGAAAGUUAGUCUCGUCAGACGUCGAAAGCAUACAAGUGACAACAACGUUUGCGUUUGCGGCGAUGGAACCGGUGCCUUUGUUUUGAUGGCGUUUAAGCUUUUUAUAGUGGCGGUGCUUUCCUUGAGCACGACGAAGAGCCUCACUAUGGGAAUCACUCUCUGCACCUUCGCGCUUCUCUUUACAGAGAACGUGGCGACGCGUAUUCUCACGCGUUUCAAGCUCUGUAACACCGACACAAGAAAAGAAAAGCCACUCGCUUCAACACACGACGAUAAGUUGGUUUCUUGUUCGGAGGAAACAGAGACAAUAGGUGUAACAAAGAACUCGAAUUCGGAUGAGAAAACGAUAAGCAAAAGUUCGAGACUGAAAUCGAAGAUUCUGAAGAAGCUGAGGAGUUACAAGAAGAAGAAGGAUAAAACGACUGAUGUGUCAAGCGUGGUUCCCAAGGAUAUGUUAGAGGUGGUCGAGGACUCUGAGAGAGACGAGGAGAAGUCGAAUCAACCAUUGAUAGAAUCAAAAGGAGAUAACAUGAAAGGGACUGUUGUGAUCGUGAUUGUGCUUACAGGUCUGUUAAGUGGAAAGAUCGCAGCUGUUGGUCUGACACUAUCAUGUCUGUAUCUCGGAUUCGGAGCAGCCAAAAGAUCUGGUUUUUGCAAAUAAAAAUUCUCUUCUUUUUUCUUACAAACAUUGGAGUAUUGGUGUGGUGAUCAUUGAUUAAUGAUCGUUUAUGUACUUAGAGAUUAGUUUAACAUCGACUGUUUGUUUGCG